AUGAAGUCUCGCGUGAUUCGGCGAGACAUUCCGGGGUCAGUUCAAACCCGACGCGCAGACAGUUUAUUUGUUUACUUCGCGAAUCUCCAACCAACGAUUUCAUCUAACAGAACUCGACAUGGCGAAAAACCCGGAGGCCAGAGCAAAAGAGAACCAGAUGAAGUUCAUCCAGGACAGAAUCACGAAGGCCGAGCAGCACUUCGGAACUCUGUGUCAGGAGUUUGCCGGGUUCUCGCGGAAGACGGCCAAACUGCGAGACAAGGGCGACGAGCUGGCAAAGGCCCUGCUGACUUACGCGGAGGCCGAGGGGCAGUCGCUGAAGUCUGGAGUCACGGGAUUCGCUGAGACCAUCUCAGCCAUACAGGACUACAGGCAGGCGGAGGUUCAAAGGUUAGACGCCAAAGUCGUGCAGCCGUUGACGUUAUACGGCAACACCUGCAAGCAUGCCAAGGAGGACCUGAAGAAGAGUCAGACAGCGCGAGGGAAAGAGCAGCAGCAGCAGCAGAGGCUGGAGAAGGCACGACAGAAGAACCCCAGCGACAGGCACACCAUCUCACAGGUAAAUAACCCUGACAUGUGGCUAGCAUCGGGUAGCAGCACAUCGCUCGCUGUGUCAUCGGCAGAGUCUGAGCUACAGCGGGCAGCCGUGGAUGCGACACGGUCGGACAGGGCCCUCGAGGAACAGAUGGACAACUUUGAAAGGCAAAAGAUGGAGGACAUAAAGAAGAUCCUGUGUGAUUUUGUGCAUGUAGAGAUGGUGUUCCACUGCAAGGCCCUGGAGCUGUACACCGUGGCUCAUCAGUACCUCCAGGGGAUUAACGAUGAGGAUGACUUAGAGGAGUUCAGGAAUUCCAUGCGGCCUCCCAGUGCCCCCGCCAGACUGGACCUGGUGCGAGCCAACUCCAAAACCUCCCUCAGCUCAACAGCACGGCAGACCCCAGGUGCAGAGCGCCGCGCCACCGCCUUCAGCAAACCUCAGGAGCAGGAGACAGACGAGGAUGAGGAGGAGACAGAAGAUGAGGAUGAAGAUGAGGAGGAUGAGGAAGAUGAUAGGCACUAUAGGAGAUAGGAGGAAGAGGGACCUGGGUACCACUGCCAUCAGCAAGCCACAGCAAGAUAGAGAGAUAGAUGAGACAGAUAAAAACAAAGAGGAAGUCUGUGGUCUGUCGUCUGUUGUUCCUAUUCAGGCAACAGUUAGACGUGCUUGCAGGUAGAUGUGGAGGCUUG